AUGGAGGGCGAGGAAUCAGCCUCAGCAUACCCAGAAGCCUACAAGAUCCACUACGAGAAGUCUUGGCUGCACAGACACUGCUCCUCCCUGCUGCAGAGGGACAGGCAGGCCCAGAAAGCCGGGCAGCUCUUCUCAGGGCUGCUGGCCAUGAACGUGGUGUUCCUGGGCAGCGCCUUCCUGAGCAGCAUGAUUUUCAACAGGGUGACCAUUACCCUGGGAGACGUCAGGAUCUUCCUCUGCAUCCUCAAAGUCCUGUCUCUGUGCUGGGUAAUGUACUAUCUGCUGGGCACCACCAGAAAGCCCCAUGCGGUGCUGUACAGGGACAUCCACGCCGGGCCAGUCUGGGUGCAGGUGUCUCUAGUGAUGUUCGGCGCUUUCAGCCUUCUCCUGAACGUGUUUCACAUCGGUUACAUCAUCAGCCACAUACAGUGCAAAUCCUACCUCGAGAUCCUGUUCCCAUGCAUAGACAUCCUCUUCCUCACCCUCCAGACUUACCUGUUAUGGCACCACUCCAAGGACUGUAUCCAAGUCCAGCACAACCUCACCAGGUGUGGGCUGAUGCUGACCGUCGCCACGAAUCUCCUCCUCUGGCUCUUAGCAGUGACCAAUGACUCCAUCCACAAGGAGGUUGACUCACGAACUCAAAACCGGCAGCAGAGAUUUGCAGGCAAUGAGACUAUUUUAUGUGUUUGCCCAAACACAACAGCCUGCGAGAUCUUCCAGAGAGGCUACAUCCUGCUGUACCCCUUCAACACCGAGUACUGCCUCAUCUGUUGCACCAUGCUGUAUGUCAUGUGGAAAAAUGUUGGCAGGCGCAUAAGCCAUCAACACGCUCCCCACGUCGAGCCCAAGUUCAAGCUCCGAGGGGUCAUUUUUGGGCCACUGCUGGGCACAGCUGCAGUCAUCAUCGGGAUCUGUGUCUUCGUAAUAUAUCAGGUCCAAGCUACUGGCUCUGCAGCUAACCGGGGGGUCUUCCUGAUGUAUUACUCCUACUAUGUAGUGCUUCUGCCUAUGAUGACUGUGGGUGCCUUAGUUGGGACCAUCAUCCACAGUUUGGAAGCCAGGGAGCUGGACACGCUGAAAAACCCAACCCGAAGCCUUGAUGUGAUCCUGCUCAUGGGAGCAGCCCUGGGUCAGAUUGGGAUGUCUUACUUCUCCAUCGUAGCCAUUGUGGCCACCAACCCUCGGGACCUACUGAACAGCCUCAUCCUGGCCUACUCCGUCAUUCUCAUCAUUCAGCACAUCACCCAGAACAUCUUCAUUAUUGAGGGGAUUCACCGGCAGCCAUGGAUGGCAAACAUUGAUGCUGCCGAAGCAAAAGAACAGGAGAGUCAUGGAGAUUGUGACCCCAAAAAAGAUUAUCCCCUAGAGAUAAGGCAGGAGAUCAGGAGGCUGUCACAGGCCUACAUCCAGACCUACAAUGACUUGAACUGGAAGAGGAAAGCGCUGAAAGAGAUCUCCUUCUUCUUGAUCUUGUGCAACAUUAUACUCUGGAUCAUGCCCACGUUCGGGGCACACCCUGUGUUUGAGAACGGAUUGGAAAAGUCAUUUUAUGGUUACUCCACCUGGUUUGCCAUCGUGAACUUUGGGCUACCCCUGGGUGUGUUCUACCGAAUGCAUUCAGUUGGGGGACUCCUCGAGGUCUACAUGUCAGCCUGA